UCAUCCUCUGCCUGCAGGGGUUUAAUUGGUGACGCAGAUGAGACGAGUUUAAAGAAGUUAUUUCGAGUCAUACACUAUUGGUCAUUCCUGAAGUUUAAAAAAUACAUCCGUUAUCUAUAUGUAGAACAGGAUUCCCUCCCACCCUUAUGACAAGUGAAACAUAAAGUUAUAUUCUCUGUCAAAUUGCUACAAGAGCAGUGAUUUAUUUUUUUGUUUUUCAGUGGGAGGAGCAGCUCCACCCGCUGCAGCAGCCGUUCCGACCUGGCGCCCCCGGGGGUGGGGAAGCUUCGCCCGGAUACGUCGUGGAACUUGAGGCGGUCCUAAAGACCCACGCGCCCGACUCCGGGAUUCACCGCCGUCCACCAUUAAACUUGGAAGAACAAAAAAAAGAUGGCACCUUCCGCGUCUUCCCAACUCUUCUCGGCGCUCGUGCUCGCAGUUGUUUCCAUCUCCGCGGUGAACUCUCAGUAUGAAAAAUACAGCUUCAGGAGUUUCCCCCGGCACGAGCUGAUGCCUCUGGAGUCCGCGUACAAGUACGCGCUGGACCAGUACACCGGAGAGAAGUGGAAGGAGACCGUGGAGUACAUGGAGGUGUCCCUGCGGCUGUACCGGCUGCUGCGGGACAGCGAGGCCUUCUGCAACCUCAACUGCAGCUCCGUCCGGCUGGAAGAGGAGCAGAAGUUCGCGGAGUUCCCGGAGCUGCGGGCGUUCGGUAACGUGAUGAAGAGGGCGCAGUGCCUGAAGCGCUGCAAACAGGGGCUCCCCGCCUUCAGGCAGACCAUGCCCAGCCGGGACACCAUGGUGGAGUUCGAGGAGAGAGAGCCGUACAAGUACCUGCAGUUCGCCUACUUCAAAUCCGACAAUCUGGCCAAGGCGGUGUCCGCUGCCCACACCUUCCUGCUGAAACACCCAAAUGAUGAGAUGAUGCAGAGGAACAUGGCUUACUACAAGAGUCUGCCUGGAGCCGACGAACACCUCAAAGACCUGGAGACCAAAUCCUACGAGACCCUGUUUGUGCGUGCAGUGCGGGCGUACAACGGAGAAAACUUCCGUACUUCUGUGUCAGACAUGGAGCUGUCCCUGCGGGAUUUCUUCAAGGUCUACGACGAGUGUCUGGCGGCGUCGGAGGGCCCCAGGGACGUGAAGGAUUUUAAAGAUUUCUACCCCUCCAUAGCCGAUCACUACAUUGAGGUCCUUGACAGGAAAGUGAAGUGUGAAAGUGAGCUGACACCUGUCGUAGGGGGCUUCGUGGUGGAGAAUUUUGUCGCCACCAUGUACCACUACCUGCAGUUUGCCUAUUACAAAUUGAAUGACCUGAAGAACGCAGUGCCGUGUGCAGCCAGCUACGUGCUCUUUGACCCCAACGAUGAAGUUAUGAAGAAUAACUUGGCCUAUUACCAGUUCCACAAAAGCCGGUGGGAGCUGACGGAGGAGGACUUCCUCCCCAGAGCUGAGGCCCUGCGGUUCUACAAUCAGACCACCAUGCAACUACAGAUGUUGGAGUUCUCCAAACAGCGCCUUGUGAGCGACGAUGAGGGGGAGGUGAUGGAGUUUAUAGACGAAUUCCUGGAUGAAGAAGAAUUUCCAAAAUUGGAAAUGCCACCGAAUCACUGAAAGACUCCCAAAGAAACAGCAGCAACUUCCCCCACGCAGUCCCAACCCCAGCCCACCUUCUUCCAGUUUGUAUUUAUUGGGUUUUGCAAGAGGCUGUGAUUGGUCACUGUGUUUGUACUGGCAGAACACAUCCUGAUUAUGUUUUUACUUCCAAUUUUGUGCACUAAACAUCCAGUUCAGUAGUAUGGACAUAUAGCACAGUAGAAAACCAAUUUAAACAUAAUGUUCAUGUUAACAAAGAUAGAAAUAUUUUUACUUAAUGUUAAAUGGCUACGUUCCUCCACUGUGAAUCAUGUAUGUUGUCAGCCAAUGAAAUGAUAAUAAAACUCAACAAACAUGUCUUUCAA